UGGAGCCUCCUCCCGUUCAGUCUGCGGUUGCGCGUCCUGCCUGUCAGCAACGCUUUCUACCGGCUUGGGAGGAGGUGGGGUGGGGGGUCACAGUCAGCAUGUUCGGACCUUCACUCCGUGUUAUCUUGCGCUCCUAAAGUAAACAUUGUAGACUCCGCUAAACUCGUUUUGAGGACGGCAUGACGGCCAUGUUUCUGAGUCGUGUGACGAGGACGACAGCUUUUGUGCUUCGCCACUCUUACUCAACCCCGUUGACGUUAACGAGGGGAUUUCAUCGGGACCGAACCUGCUGCGUGGGCUCGACGCUCGUACGCUUUGUAGGACAACGACCUGAGCCGUACCGCCACGGUUUUCUAAACCCGGAUUGGGGGCACCGCGGCUGUUUAGCGGAGCCGGUAGUUUUGUUUACAAUUAGUAAUCGGGGGCUGUCCACCACGACGGCUGCCCCAAAGAAGACCAUCGACAUGGACAACAAGAUCAACGCGGAGGGCGAGAGCAAUCAAAAGGAAACGCCACCAACUCCUACGCCUGGAGGAAAAGCCCCAGAGGAACCCGAGCUGGAGGGAAAUAAGCCCAACAAGACCCAACAACUCAAAAAGGUCUUCAAGGAGUAUGGAGCUGUGGGGGUUUCCUUCCACGUGGGGAUUUCUCUCAUGUCUCUGGGAAUGUUCUACCUCCUGAUAUCCAGUGGUAUCGACAUGGCGGCGGUGCUGAGCAAGCUGGGUUUCAGUGAGGCCAUCAUCCGGUCCAAGAUGGCGGCGGGGACCAGCACGUUCGUCCUGGCCUACGCCAUCCACAAACUGUUUGCGCCCGUGCGCAUCAGCAUCACGCUGGUGUCCGUGCCGCUCAUCGUGCGUUACUUCCGAAGGACGGGACUCUUCAAGCCGCCCACGUCCGUGCCCUAAUCCGUGACUGUUGGCCGCCAUAUUGCCUUGGGAGAGAAGGAGGGAAAAAAAAACUUUUGAACUUUUUUGAAUGCUGUGACCCAAGUUUACAGAAACAUUACUCAAGGGAAAAAAAAUAAGUAUCAGAUGCCAUUGUCGUUAGAAUUAGACAUCUUUUGCUUUUUAGCUUUGUUCCUUCAAUCUGUGAAAUUUCCUUUUUGGAAUGACUCAAACGUUCUGCUCCUUCAUUCGCUUGCAUGUCUGAAAGAAAAGAAACACUAGGGACAUUAUUUUUGUGAAGAAAAUACUUUUGUUUUAAGUCUGAGACUUAUAUUUCCCUAUUACACCCUUUAUAAAUCAAACAAUUAUUGUUCUAAAACAAAACCACUUUUGCUCCUAAAAGAAUGAUUUCCAUUCGGUUUAAAAAGUACAACUCUUUAUUUAAAAUACUAUAGGCCUACUACAUAAUUUAUCCAAAAAUGUUCACCCCUGAAUAAAUGUUUUCUUAAAAAUAAAACUUCUUUCCUUUUGUGCUCUAUUUGUUGAGCAG